CAAGGGAAAGGAAAGGAGAAAUAAACUAGUGUGGGUCUCAGGGAAGAGGAAGGGCCGAGUUACCAAAUCAGAGGGAGCAGAGAGCCGGACCCCGGACCACAGGGAGGACGGGGCCGGACCCCAGAGUCAGAGGGAAAGAAGGGUCGGAACCCCCGAGGUCGGGAGGAAAGCGGGGCUAGAUCCACAGGUCAGAGAAAGGAGAGGCCCGAACUCCCGGGGUCGGAAGGAGGAGGGGGCCGGAUCCCGGGAUCCCCGAGGGCGGGCGGUGAGGCCCGCCGCACGGUUGAGGCCGCGCGGGGCGGGGCGCGGAAGGAUCCGGGCAGGCCGUGCUGCGCCACCCCCGGUAUAUCUGUCCCCAGUCCCCGGGGUCGCCUCAUUCCCCAUCCUCAGAUCAUGAUCUCUCCUCACACUACCGCGACGCCACCUCAGCCCGCGUAGCCCCGGCCAUGGCUCUGUAGCCGCGACCCCUCUGUGCCCCCGGCCAGUCUCCCCGCUCACUGCGCCUGCGCUCUCCGCUCCUGCCUUCUUUCUUCAGCCGAGGCCGCCGCCGCCUCUCCUUUGCGCAGCCAUGGAGUACUCCACUUGUGUCUUGGUGCCUGUCUUCGUCCAGCUGAGUAACCUCCAGAGCCUCCUCCCACUUGUUGGUGCAGCCUUCUCCAUUGCCAUCCGUGCCCAACGCCCGUGCUGCAGCCAUGUCACUCCUGGCGACCCUGGGGCUGGAGCUGGACAGGACCCUGCUCCCAGCUAGCGGGCUGGGCUGGCUCGUAGACUAUGGGAAACUCCCCCUGGCCCCUGCCCCCCUGGGCCCCUAUGAGGUCCCUGGGGGAGCCCUGGAGGGCGGGCUUCCAGGGGGGGGAGAGCCCCUGGCAGGCGACGGCUUCUCUGACUGGAUGACCGAGCGGGUCGACUUUACAGCCCUCCUCCCUCUGGAGCCCCCCUUGCCCUCAGGUGCCCUCCCCCCACCUUCCCCACCCCCACCUGACCUGGAAGCUAUGGCCUCCCUCCUCAAGAAGGAGCUGGAGCAAAUGGAAGACUUCUUCCUUGAUGCCCCACUCCUCCCACCGUCCUCCCCACCCCCGACACAGCCAGCACCGGCACCCUCCCUCUCCCUCCCCCUCCCCCUGCCCACCUUUGACCUCCCCCCGCCCCCUGCCCCGGACACCCUCGACUUGCUGGCCAUCUACUGCCGCAGUGAGGCCGCGCAGGAGGACUCGGGGUUGGCGCCCCUGUCCCCCCCACCGCAACCCCCUCCUCCUCCUCCUCAACCCUCCCGCCCCACCCCCUACCCCAAUCCUGCCGCCACCCGAGGGGACCGCAAGCAAAAGAAGAGAGACCAGAACAAGUCAGCAGCUCUGAGGUACCGCCAGAGGAAGCGUGCAGAGGGCGAGGCCCUGGAGGGCGAGUGCCAGGGGCUGGAGGCCCGGAACCGGGAGCUGAGGGAGAGGGCUGAGUCGGUGGAGCGGGAGAUCCAGUACGUCAAGGAUCUGCUCAUCGAAGUGUACAAGGCUCGAAGCCAGAGGACCCGGAGCAGCUAGCUGGGCGGGGUCUUCAGGCCAUAGCGGGGGUGCUGGUCUUCAGCUGUGGCUCACUUCUGUUUCUGGGGCUGAGGUGGGAGGUCCCCAGUCAUCCGCCUGCCUCUGGCUGCCUUCCAAACCUCCCCCUCCCCCUCUCCAUCCUCCCGCCUUCCCCCUCCUUCUCCCUCCCCCUCCCCCUCUUCCCCCUUCCUCCUCCUUCUCCCUCUCCCUCCCCCCCUCCCCUUUUAUCCUUGCCUCCUUUCCUGUCCAUUCUGAAUUUGCUCCCCUCCUCCCUCCCCAGAAUCAUGGAAUGUUUGGCCUUAGUCAACAUCUAUACCCUUCAACUAACAGCUGAGGAACAGAGGCCCAUGGGGAAUUGGGGGGGCCGGGGAGAGCUUGGAAACCUGGUCUCUCAAGCAGGGAAGUGAGGCCAGGAAUCUCUGCAGAACGUCUAUGCAAAGGAGGACAGGGAAGCCAUCUGGAAACUAAGUCAGGGAGGGCUUUAAGAAAGGUGCCCGUAGAAUACAAGCAAAAUAAGCCAAGUGACCUUGGGGAACUACAUUUGGGGGUGGAACCAAAAGGUGGCUGAGUUCACAGAGCAGGUGGAUAAGUGGGCAGCUGGGGAGGUGGGCGGGUGAGGGGAAUGGCCAUAAUGGGUGACUGGGUGUUCAUUUUAGCUCUGGGAGGAAAUCAGUGUUUUGUGAAGGUGCUGGGGGAGGGGCUGCAUCUAGGUGAGGGA